AUGGGUUCACGGAGACGAGGCGUACGGGAAGGAAUUCCUAAUGUUAACUACGAGAGGGAACAGGAGACGUUUAUGACUACCAUGAACGCUGUGGCUGAGGCAGUGCGUGAGGCUGCAGUAGCAGCGGCUAGGGCUGUUGAUCGUCUUGGAGUGAGAAACGGGAAUGAGAAUGAGCAUGGGGAAGAUAGUGGAAAUAAUGAGAAUAACUUAGGGCAUCUCGAAAGACCUAUGACCCUUGCGACUUUUCUGAAGCAUGUUCCAGAAGGCCAACACGUGGAGUUCGCUACUUAUAUGCUGGAAGGAGAAGCUGAGCAUUGGUGGCAGGGGAUACAGCGACUGUUGCAACAAGAUGAAGGCGAUAUUCCUUGGAAUACUUUUAAGGACGAAUUUUAUAAGAAGUAUUUUCCGAGGGCAGCUCGUGAUGCUAAGGAGAUGGAACUUAUGCAGCUGAAACAGGGUAAUACAACUAUUGCAGAAUAUGCCCAUAAGUUUGAUGACUUGUGCCGUUUCUCCAAGAUCUGCCAAGGGAAUCCUGCUGACUUUGAAGAAUGGAAGUGUUUGAAGUUCGAAGGGGGCCUUCGUGAGGAUCUGAUGAGUUCAGUAGUCCCAUUAGAGAUACGAAAUUUUGCUGAGCUGGUUAAUAAGUGCAAGUUAGUGGAAAAAUGUGCUAAGAAGGUAAUUGCCUCUAAAGCAAGUCGUCAAGGAUUUCCACCAAGGAACUAUAAUAGUUACAAUUGGCAACCACGAAGGACAAACUUCAAGACCCCUGGUGUUCCACAACGAAGGAACCCACAAGCUGGUAAUGCUCCUGCUCGCCCUACGGGUGGAAACGGAGGUAGACCAAGGCAGGAUAAUGGUAAACGACCUUAA